GACGCUUUUGUUUACACCUUAGUGUGGUGUGGAUGUGGGUUGUCCUAUAUAGACCCUGUCUAGCACCUCCCUCUUCCAUCUACAUCAAGCACAAGUACACACAACCAUCCAAUAAAAUCCCAACCUCAACCUCAUUCUCAGUCCCAACACAAACCAACCAAAAUGCCCUGCAACGACAUAAAUAACUUCAGCUUCGAACACGACUUCGACUACUGGUGCCCCGCCGAGAACCCCCUAACGACAAGCUGGGUACAAUCCGGGACCGCCUACGCGGGGGAGAAAUUCCUUGCAGUAGCAACAACCCCCACCACCCCAAUAGGAAUCGUCUCACAAGACCUCUUCUGGCUCGACGACGAGACGCCGUACGAGCUGACCGUGCAGGUGCGGCUCGUGGAGCCGUUCGGCGCGGUGGAGGACGGGUGCACUGUGAGCGCGCAUCUCGGGGAGCAGGAGAUCGCCGCUGAGGUGCUGAAAAGCACGGAGGGAGACUGGACUGCGUUGACAGGAAGUAUUCAGCCUUCUGCGCGGAAUCUGACGUUUAGUCUUAUGGCUGCUUGUGGGUUUGGGGCGCAUGCUUCGGAGGAGUUGCAGGGGCAGGUGCAGUGGGAUGAGGUGCUUUUUGGGCCGCUUUGUGAUUAGAUGGUUGAAUUGUGUCUGUCUAUGUAUCCGAGUAACAGAAUCUGGAGAAAAAAGAUCGCUAGUCUUGACGAUAACGAGAAC